GUUCUGUGUCUGUUCUUCUUAAAUGCAAAUAACAGCACUUUAUGCUUGCCUCAUGCGUAGUAGUUCUUAGGAGCAUGUGGUGAUGAUGCAAAAAACUUGUAUUGGCCCAUUUGUAGGCAGCUGAAAGGCUGAAGAACAGUUGUUUAGGAGAAGAUGAACAAAGGUCACAAAUAUAAGGAAUGGCUGGCAGAAAGAGCACCAGGAGGCAAGAAGAUAAUCUCAUGUGCUUUGUUCACAGAUGAUCACAAGUGGAAUCCCUUGCAAUUCAACCUGUUCCCCAAGUCAUUUUAAUCAACGGAACUUGGGCAAGUUAACUCCAUAUCCACCAUUCACCUACAGGCACCUUAGUCAGAAAGAUGCCAUUUAAAAAUGAUGCCACCUUUUGAAAGUGUAAAUGAAGAAAUUCUGAAAUGGUUAAUAAAUGGUUAAUAAUCUUUUAGAUGAGUUCUCAGCAGCAUGUUCACCAGUUGUUAGAGUUUGAAGGAAGGGAACCUGUUAUUUGUGAAGAUGCUCCGUACAUGGUAAAAUUCUGGUUGUAAUUUCUUCUUUUCCUUUUUACAAACCCCAAGGUUUAGCUUGGAGAAUGAACUGGGAAGACUUGCUUAAGGGCUGACUUUAGGGCUGGGUCCUGUUGAUGGGUGAAAGCAGGCUGCUGGCGUAGCGGGAGAGUGGGUGAAAUGGGAUGGUUGCCUGGGAGACAUUAUGACCUCUCCUACUUAAGCUGUGAUGCUGAGGGGCCCCUGCCAGUGAGGUGUAGAUGUCCUGUCAUCUUGUACUAGGUUGCUUCUACAACAGGAAGAGCAUCAGUAACCAAAGCUGCUGCUACCACCAAUCAAGAAAGGAAACGUGUGGGAGAAGCAAUGCGUGAGUGCAUCUCUGUUCACAUUGGCCAAGCUGGAGUUCAAAUUGGCAAUUCUUGUUGGGAACUCUUCUGUCUGGAGCAUGGCAUUCAGCCAAAUGGCACCUUCAUCGACCAACCCAGUGAUGAUGACUCUUUUGCCACGUUCUUCAGAGAGACAAGCUCCAAAAAAUACGUGCCCCGCGCUAUUAUGGUGGACUUGGAACAAACCGUAAUAGAUGAAGUGCGGACUGGCACCUACCGGCAGCUUUUCCAUCCGGAACAGCUUAUCUCUGGAAAGGAAGAUGCAGCAAAUAAUUAUGCACGUGGUCACUACUCUGUCGGCAAAGACAAAAUUGACAUGGCAUUAGAUCGUAUCCGUAAGAUGGCAGAUGCCUGUUCUGGGCUGCAAGGAUUCCUGAUCUUCCACAGCUUUGGUGGGGGUACUGGCUCUGGCUUUACCUCCUUACUGAUGGAACACCUCUCCAUUGAAUAUGGAAAGAAGUCCAAACUGGAGUUUGCAAUCUACCCAGCCCCACAGGUCUCCACUGCUGUGGUAGAGCCCUACAAUUCCAUCCUGACCACGCACGCCACCCUGGAGCACUCAGAUUGCACAUUCAUGGUGGAUAAUGAAGCCAUCUACGACAUCUGCCACCAAAACCUGGACAUUGAGCGUCCCACUUACACCAACCUCAACCGUCUCGUCAGCCAGAUUGUCUCCUCCAUCACGGCUUCGCUGCGCUUUGACGGUGCCCUCAAUGUGGAUCUGACGGAGUUCCAGACAAACCUGGUGCCCUACCCGCGCAUCCACUUCCCCUUAGUCACGUACUCCCCCAUCAUUUCCUCUGAUAGAGCAUACCACGAGCAGCUCUCAGUGGCUGAAAUCACUGGUGCCUGCUUUGAGCCCGACAACCAGAUGGUGAAGUGUGACCCAAGGCAUGGCAAGUACAUGGCCUGCUGCAUGCUCUACCGUGGUGACGUAGUUCCCAAAGAUGUCAAUGUCGCAAUUGCUGCCAUCAAGGCCAACAGAACCCUCCAGUUUGUCGACUGGUGUCCAACAGGCUUUAAGGUUGGGAUCAACUAUCAGGCUCCUACAGUUACACCAGGAGGAGACCUAGCCCAGGUCGAGCGAGCAGUCUGCAUGCUGAGCAACACCACGGCCAUUGCAGAGGCUUGGGCCAGGCUCGACCACAAGUUCGAUCUGUUGUUUAACAAGAGAGCUUUUGUGCACUGGUAUGUUAGUGAAGGCAUGGAGGAGGGAGAAUUCACAGAGGCCCGAGAAGACCUGUCUGCCCUGGAGAAGGAUUAUGAAGAAGUGGCAACUGACUUGUUUGAAGAAAAUGAGGCAGUGGAGUCUUAAAAAUCACUCUGCUCUUUUCUGUGCA